AUGGAAUUAUACGGAGAGCUCUACGACUGUGACGAAUUACUGGAUGAGUACAACGCGGACUACGGGGAUGGAAAACGUCCGUGGGGGGAAGCCCUCAUAGGUGAAGAUCCCACCGCGCAGUGUGUAGAAAACGAAGCACACGUGAAAAACAUAGAGAUAGACAUAAAGAGCAACCAGAAAAACGUAUCAACUCAGUACCUAUUCCUUUACAUCAAUACGUUUAAGCAGAAAAACAUCAGAAGUGACAAGACUCUCUACGUGGUGAAUUUCUACGACAUCCACAUGAAGAAUGACGAUAAGAAUGUGCUAGAGACGGAGAAGGACAUCGUGGAGUAUUGCUUGGAAAACGUUUCCAGGGCAAAAAGGAGGGACAGGGGAGGCCACGAUGGUGGCGGCGAUGGUGAUGGCAGUGGCGAUGGUGAUGGCAGUGGCGAUGGCGAUGGCAGUGGCGAUGGCGAUACCGGUGCGGACUCCAUGCCGGCCGGCCAGCGCUCCAAGUACUACCUGUUUAAGAUCUACGAAACGAUUCUGAAGUACUUCCCAUUCAGCUUCAAGCUAUGGUAUCACUACCUAAAGGAUCGCAUAGAAAUGUUGACCGGAAUUUAUUAUGACGAGAAGGAGGAGUAUGAAGACGUAAAUCGAGUGUUUGAGCAGUGUCUACUGUACAUGUACCAUUUCAAGGCAAUGUACAUUUUGUAUAUACAAUUUCUGUUCCUCCAAAGGAAGGUACAAAAUAUAAGACUCAUCUUUAACCUAGCCCUACAGAACAUCACCCUGAAUCAACAUGAAGACUUAUGGGAGUAUCAGCUAAAAUAUAUUGAGAAAAUAAAAAGCAAGCUAAUCAACUAUGAGUAUAUUAAACGGUAUGUGACGAUUUAUCCGGAGAAUAUCGUUCACCUUUUUAAUCACUAUGUGAAGUAUAAAAUGUGCAAGCAUGCGUUGAAUACGUUUUUUUAUAUGAUCAGUUGUGAUGAGGUUGAGAAUAUCCAAAUGGGAGAUAAAACCAUAUAUGACUUAUACAGAGAUAUGUUUCAACUAAUAAGUUCACGUAAAUGUUUGGGGAAUGACGUGUUGGUAACACUGAGGAAAAACUUCGACAGUCUUAAGAGGUAUGAAAAUGUCACGUCUAUUUAUACGUUGCUAGCGAAUAGCUUCGUUUAUGAAGGUCGUUGGAACAAGGCCAUGGAUGCUUAUGAGGAGGGCAUCUUAGAGUGCUACACGGUGAACGAUUUUGCGGUUCUCUUUGAGGGCUACAUCGAGACGAUGAAGAUUCUUAUCGAGUUGAAGAUGCGGGGGGGGGAAGGAAACGAGGUGAGAAGUGGUAGAGAGGAGGACAGUGACGAGGAGAGAGGUGGUAGAGAGGAGGACACUGACGAGGAGAGAACUGGUAGCGAGGAGGACACUGACGAGGAGAGAAGUGGGCCCCCCCCCUCCGGAGACGACUCCGUGGUGGACCUCUAUAUGGAUAAAAUAAACUACCUACUGGACAAGCGCAAGGCAUUCAUAGCGGAUAUCAAGCUGAAGAACAACCAGAAGAACGUCUACGUUUGGAUAGGCAAAAUAGACGCGAUGGAAACGGCGGAGGAGAAGGUGGACCUCUACAACAGAUGUUUAAAGCAUUUCGAAGACGGGGACUACACCGGUCGACUCAGUGAUGUGUAUAUUAGUUACGCGUAUUUUCACUACAACCGUAACGAGUACGACAAAGCAGUGAACGUGUUCAAUAGAGCUAUCCGCGACCAUAAUUUAAAAACGCUGAAUGAAAUUUCAAGUGUGUACUGCUCCUGGAUAGAGGUAGAGUUACUUGAGGGCAAUUUUAAGCAGGCCUUGCGUAUAGCUAGGUUAGCCAUCGAUCUUAGUAACGGCGGAAGGAGCAGCAGCAUCGGCGGAAGCAGCAGCAUCGAAGGCAUCGGCGGAAGCGGCAGGAUGAUGCUUAUGAUGAAGAACGGCACAGGGACAAACACACACGAAGAAAGUGACGCUCCCUUUGGAAGAAACACACCAAUGAUACGAGAUGACCAUUUUGGAACACUCAAUCAAAAUUUCAAUCUUUUAAAUAACGUAAAGUUAGCUUGCCUCAUCCUUGAUCUGGAAAUAAAUUAUGGCACCAUCGAAACGUCAAUAAAUCUCUUUGAUAUCCUGUACCAUAAAAAAAUCAUCACAGUUAAGAUGGUCCUCUCCUUUGCCAACUACCUCUAUGAACAAAAAUAUUUUUAUGAAUGCUUCAAAACAUAUGAGAAGGCUAUUUCAAUUUUCCAUUAUCCUUACCUGUACCCAGUGUACGUACACUACAUAAGUAAAUACGUGGAGCGUUACAAAGAUAAAAAUAUUUCAUAUGUACGUGAGCUGUACAGACAAGCCAUUUACGGAAUGGAUGGAAAAACUUUUAUUCCGAAGGAGUUUGCCAAAACUGUGUUCCUUAUGUAUGCCUCUUUUGAGGAGAACUAUGGCUUUUUGAAGAGGUCCCUUUCCAUUUACAAGGAGGCCGUUCCCUUCCUGCCCGAGCCGGACAAAGUCAAGUUUUACAAGAUCUUCAUUUCGAAGGUCUCCAAGUCGUACGGAGUGCACAAGGCAAGGGAGGCCUUCGAAGAGGCCAUUCAGACUCUCAAGGACGACGACGCGCGUGAAAUUUGCCUCUUAUACAUCGACAUGGAGUACAAGCUGAACGAAUACGAGCGCGUCCGGGCGCUCUACAUCUACACGGCGCAGUUCACCAACCCCUCUGUGCACAUGUCCUUUUAUCAGGACUGGCGAGAAUUCGAAGCGCUGCACGGGAACGAGCACACCUUUAGGGAUAUGAUAAGAAUCAAGAGGAGCGUCCUCAGCCUGUUCUCAAACUCGCGCAGCGGCAACAAGCCAUUAGGCAUGCUAGAGAACGAUGAUAUGAACGGUUUGGAGAGUGCCAAAAGAAAACUGCAAGAAAUGAUUGACAAUGAGGAGAGCGCUCAGAAAAGGGUGAAGGCAGAUUGACCCCUUGGUUAUUUUACCUUCACGUCCUUUGAAGUUUUCCCCUCGCUGUGGGGACGGUGUGGGAUUGGGUGGAUGCAAAGUGGAGAGCUGCACAGUGGACAGCUUCACAAUGCGAGCACAUCAUUUGAGCGUCUCCAGCUGUGUGUACACAUAUCUAUGUGUAUAUAUCCGUUUGACCGUUUGUGUACUGCCU